AUGCUUUCUUUUGCCUUUCUUUUUCUUUCUUUUCUUUUUGGCAGUAAGGUUAAUUUCUUUCUUUCUUUUGCCUUUUUUUUUCUUUUCUUUGGCAGUAAGGUUAAUUUCUUAUGCUUUCUUUUGCCUUUCUUUUUUUCUUUCUUUUCUCUUUGCAGUAAGCUUUUAAUUUCUUAUGCUUUCUUUUGCCUUCCUUUUCUUUCUUUUCUUUUUUUCAGUAAGUUAAUUUCUUAUGCUUUUUUUUUUGCCUUUCUUUUCUUUCUUUUCUUUUCUUUAAAACCAGUUAAUUUCUUAUGCUUUCUUUUGCCUUUCUUUUCUUUCUUUUCUUUUGGCAGUAAGUUUAAUUUCUUAUGCUUUCUUUUGCCUAUCUUUUCUUUUUUGGCAGUAAGGUUAAUUUCUUAUGCUUUCUUUUGCCUUUCUUUUUUCUUUCUUUUCUUUUGGCAUAAGUUAAUUUCUUAUUCUUUCUUUUGCCUUUCUUUUCUUUCUUUCUUUUUUUGGCAUAAGGUUAAUUUCUUCAUGCUUUUUUUUUGCCUUUCUUUUCUUUCUUUUCUUUUUGGCUGUAAGGUUAAUUUCUUAUGCUUUUUUUGCCUUUCUUUUUUUUCUUUUUCUUUUGGCAGUAGGUUAAUUUCUUAUGCUUUCUUUUGCCUUUCUUUUCUUUCUCUAAAGGUUAAUUUUUUCUUUUCUUUUUUCCUUUCUUUUCUUUCUUUUCUUUUGGCUUUCAUUGGACUUUUUGCCUUUCUUUUUCUUUCUUUUUUUGGCAGUAAGGUUAAUUUCUUAUGCUUUUUUUUUGCCUUUCUUUUUCUUUCUUUUCUUUUUGGCAUAAGGUUAAUUUCUUUCUUUCUUUUCUUUCUUUUCUUUUCUUUUCAUUUUGGCAGUAAAGUUAAUUUCUUUUCUUUCUUUUGCCUUUUUUCUUUCUUUCUUUCUUUCUUUGGCAGUGAGUUAAUUUCUUUCUUUCUUUUCCUUUCUUUUCUUUUGCCUUUCUUUUUCUUUCUUUCUUUUGCUUUCUUUUCUUUUCUUUCUUUUUUUUUGGCAGUUUUUCUUUCUUUUCUUUUUUCUUUCUUUUUUAAUUUCUUAUCUUUCUUUUGCCUUUCUUUUCUUUCUUUUCUUUUGGCAGUAAGGUUAAUUUCUUUUUCUUUCUUUUGCCUUUUUUCUUUCUUUCUUUCUUUUUGGCAUAAGGUUAAUUUCUUAUGCUUUCUUUUUCCUUUCUUUUCUUUUUUUUUUUUUUCUUUAAUUUCUUUCUUUCUUUUUUCUUUCUUUUCUUUUCUUUUGGCAUUUUUUCUUUUUUCUUUCUUUUGCCUUUCUUUUCUUUUUUCUUAUGCUUUUCUUUCUUAUCUUUCUUUUGCCUUUCUUUUUUCUUUUUUUUUGGCACAGUUUCUUUCUUUCUUUCUUUUCUUUUCUUUUUUUUCUUUCUUUUGGCAGUUUUUCUUAAUUUCUUUUUCUUUUUUUUCUUUUCUUUUUGGCAGUAAGGUUAAUUUCUUUCUUUCUUUUUGCCUUUCUUUUCUUUCUUUUCUUUUGGCAGUAAAGUUAAUUUCUUAUGCUUUCUUUUUGCCUUUCUUUUCUUUCUUUAUUCUUUUUCUUUUCUUUCUUUUGCCUUUCUUUUCUUUCUUUUUCUUUUUUUCUUUCUUUCUUUCUUUCUUUUCUGCUGCCUUUUCUUUUUUUUUCUUUCUUUUUUUUUUGGCAGUGUUGUUAAUUUCUUAUGCUUUCUUUUGCCUUUCUUUUUUCUUUCUUUUUUCUUUUGGCAGUUUUAAUUUCUUAAUUUCUUUUGCUUUCUUUUUUUUCUUUUCUUUCGUUUCCUUUUCUUUUCUUUCUUUUCUUUCUUUCUUUUGGCAGUUAAUUUCUUUUUUUCUUUUUGCCUUUCUUUUCUUUUUUUCUUUCUUCUUUUUCUUUCUUUUUUCUUUUCUUUUCUUUCUUUUCUUUUGGCAGUUUUUAAUUUCUUUAAUUUCUUUCUUUCUUUCUUUUCUUUUCUUUCUUUCUUUUCUAAAACCUUUCUUUUUUUUAAUUUUUCUUUCUUUCUUUCUUUUUUUUUUCUUUCUUUUUUCUUGCCUUUUUAAGGUUAAUUUCUUAUGCUUUCUUUUUCUUUUCUUUUUUUUUUUCUUUCUUUUUUCUUUCUUUUUUCUUUCUUUUCUUUUUUUUCUUUUUUUCAGACAGGUUAAUUUCUUUCUUUUCUUUUCUUUCUUUUCUUUUUUUCUUGCUUUCUUUCUUUCUUUUUUUUCUUUCUUUUCUUUCUUUUCUUUUUUCUUUUCUUAUUUCUUUCUUUUGCCUUUUUUCUUUCUUUUCUUUUCUUUCUUUAAUUUCUUUGCUUUUUUUUUGCCUUUCUUUUCUUUCUUUUCUUUCUUUCUUUUCUUUUCUUUCUUUUUUUUCUUUCUUUUCUUUUUUUCUUUCUUUCUUUUUUCUUUCUUUCUUUUUUUUCUUUUUUUCUCUCUUUAA